AUGUUUGAAUAGUAAUUUAAAACAAGAGAAUAUUUACAUUUGAUUUUAAAUAUUGCUAUUUCAUCACUCUUUGCAGUAUUGGAGCAACUAUUAUGUAAUAUUUAAGGGACUUUAAUAUGGGAUCUUGUAUUUAUUCCUUGUGGCAUAAUAUUCUCAUUAAUACACAUAACUUCAUAUUUUCAUUGGAAUAAAGGUAUGAAAACUUAAUUAAAAAUAGGUGAUUUGUCUUCUUUUUUUUUUUGGGCCUUAUUAAUGAAGAGAAUAUUUCUUUUAGGAAUUAAUUAAGGAGAAUUUGUAUUCUUUUUAUUUGGAUUAUUAAAUGGAAUAUAUACAAACAAAUUAAAUAUUAAUGAUUCAAAAAAGUACUAUUUGAAAUCUAAGACCAUUAUAUAGGUUUUAGUAAUAUUUGUGUUGACAAUCAUAAAUUUGAUUAAAGAGUUUAGUGAAUAUACUAAUACUUUUAUAGCAAUAUUUAUAAUUCUUACAAUAAUAAUAGGUAUAAAUGAUAAUAUUGAUUUAUAAAAUAAAACUAUUACUAAGUAAGAAGAAUUUUAAACAGAUUUGAAACAUAAUUAAUUUGAAAUAAAGAAAUGUUAAACAACAAUAUUUUAAAUGUAAUAAUAACAAUAAUAAUAAAAAUCAAAUUGGGAAUAAUAUUAAUAACAAACAGAUGAAUGGAUUUGUAAGAUAGAUUUGAAUAGAUAUUCUUUAACAGAAAGUUUAAAUUCUUGUGAAUAAAAUUAUGCAUUAAGAAAAUCUUUAUGUGAUUAUAAACUUUCUAUUUAACAAUUAUUUUAAAAUUUGUUGAUUACAAGUUAAUAGACUAAUUUAUAAUAAUCAAUUAAUUUAUGGUCAGAAAUUGUGGAGACAAAUUCAUUAUAGAAUUGGUUGGAAAAAAACUAUUUUUCAGAGAGUUCAGCUUCUAAAUUGGAAUAAGCCAGAUAAAAAUAAUAUAGAUAUGGUAUUGAUGGGAUUUAAGGUAUGCAAGAGGAUUAAAUAUCAAUAAUUUCACCAUAGAAUGAAGGCAAAGGCACAUUUAAUAAUAAAGAUUAAAUUCAUGAAUUUUCUGGAUUGUCUGCUCUUUAAUAGCAUGGUGAUAUGCAAGGAUCUAAUUCUAUUUUAUCUAAUAAAACAACAUUAGGUUGUUAUUUUUAGACAAAUUAAAUAAGGAUUGAGAUGAGGGCUUCUAUAUUUUUAAUGGAAGAUGAAUUUGAUAGUAAAAAAUAAAUUUUAAUUUUGAUUCUGAGAAAUAUUGAUAAAGAAAUAACAAAAAUAAAAACUAGUUUAGAAAGAACUGAAUAAUAGAGGAUUGUAUUUUAUAAAUAUAUAAAAAGAGUAGCUGAUGAUGUUUGUCAGAUAUUAUAAUAAAUAGUGUAAAUAAAAAAGAUAUUAGAUUAGCGAUAAAAGUAAUAUAUUAUUAUAAACUAAAAGAGAAUUUGAUAAGAUAAAGUAAAAUAACUUCAUUACUUUAUCAUUCUGUGACGGUGAUGCAUUUAUUAAGUCUGAAAAAUAGAUAGGUGAAAUGAAACUAUCAUAAAAAUUAAGUAUACCUAUUUAAUCACCUGUUUAAUCUGCAUUUCAAAGAGUUACUUCAUCUUUAAGUUAAUAACAUGAUAUUUAAGAAGAAUAAAUAUAAAAAUUACAUACUAUUUCAUAACCUACUGAAUUAACUAAAUAAAUAGAUAAAUGGUAAUUGAAUGUAAUUUAAAUGGAAUAAAAUAAUUUUAAUUUUUUUGAAUUAUUUUCUAUAAGUGAAUAUAAAUCAGAUAGAUUUAAUUUUAUUACAAGUUUAAAUAUAGUGAAGGAGUUAUUUAAGAAUGAUAGUAUUGUUAUUAAAUACAAUAUCAUAAUAUCUUAAAUAUUAAUAAAUGAAAAUGAAAUGGAAUUGACUUCAGAUAAAAGAAGAGUUAAACAAUUGCUAAUCAAUAUAAUAAAAAAUUCUAUUUAAUGUUUUGAUUAUAACAUUUCUAAAGUAAAAUCUGAAAAUUUAUAAUCAAUAUUAACUGACUAAAAAUAAGAGAUUAAUUAAUAAGAAUUAAAAGUUUAAAAUACAAUAAUAAUCAAAUCUUGGGCAGAUGUUGAAAAAAUAACAGUAGAAAUUACUGAUAAUGGUGGAGGAAUUUCAUAAGAAAUGAUCAAAAAUAGAAUUUAAGAUUGUAAAUUAGGAUUAUAAGCAUGUCAAAAGAUUCUAAAAAAUUUAUCUCAUGAUCCAAAAAAACCUUUAGAGAUUAUCAAUUAUAUGAAAACUAAAAAUGGAAUAAAGGGUACUGUUGUCUAAUUUACUUUAUCUAAAUAAUUUGUGCCUACAUAAUCAAAUGAAGAAAAUAUAUUCUCUGAUUCAUUGACUAUUAAUAAUAAAGUUGAAUUGAAUUGA